AUGAAAAACUUAGUUGAAAAGUUUCUUGUUUUUUUGUUUGUGACUUCUCUUGCCUGGGCUGCUAGUGUCCAGAAACCAUUGACGUUCAGAGUUUAUGACUUCAAUAUCAAGACGGCAUCGGGAAAUUUGGUGCCUGGUGAAAAACCUUGGAGCGAGAGAAAGGCAGGAGUCAUUGAUAGCAUCAAGAACUAUACUUCCCAGCAUCCUACUAUCGUAGGGUUGCAAGAGGCACUUCGUGGACAGCUCGAUGACAUAAUGAAAGGAUUGGGCCCGGAAUGGAAAUUUUUUGGUGUUGGAGGCAGCGGAGACACUAAAGGUGAAUAUUGCCCAAUUAUAUACAAGUCCAACGAAUGGGAACUUGUCAAUGGAACUACCAAAUGGCUCAGUGAGACUCCUGAUAAGCCCAGUAGAGGCUAUGGUUCGAAAUAUGAACGAAUUGUGACGUUUGCCGAACUUCGUCAUGUUUCGAGUGGCCGCACUAUUCACUAUUUCAAUACCCAUUUGGACCCCCAUGAUGACCAUGUGCGAUACGAGUCUGUGCGUGACAUUAUAACAUACGUGAAUCACACCAGACAAGGUUCGCCAGUUUUUCUUGGAGGAGACUUCAAUGCAAAACGGACAUCUGCUCCAUAUAAAUAUGUUGCAACUCAAAUGACUCCUGCACUGAUUGCGCCAGAUCCCAAAGGAGUGGAUAACAAGGAGAAAUCCACCAAUUCAGGGUUUCAAUUCAACCAUCCGAAAACCAUAGAUUUUAUCUUUUUUCAAGAUCACGGGUCCAAGGUCAAAGUGGACCUGUAUGAAAUAUUGAGUUCCACAUCUGGAAACGUGGUUAUCAGCGACCACUCUCCUGUGAUAGCGGACUUUAGCAUAUGA